CUAAAAUACAUUUGCAUAUAAAAGGCAAUCGUUUUUUCUUGGUAUUUUCCUUUUUUUUUAUAUAUAUACUUUAUUAUCACAGACACCUACUAUCAAUAAUGUUCAUCACAACCUCUUUCUACUCAAAACUUUUACUCUUGAUUACUUUUGUCUAUAUCAUAUCUACAGCUUCUGCAGCAAGCAGUAGCGAUGUUAAAGGAGCAUGGAAAAAUAGACCUCGUCAAUUCAGAAUGCAAAUCUUCUCCAGACCCUACAGUAAAGGCGAUGUUCAAACUAUCAGAGCAACUAAUGGUGCUUCUACGCCCUGUUGGAAUUUGGCAUCAAAAAGAGUUGGUUCCUAUGAAUUAAAUGACCCAUUAGUCAAGGUUACUUUUUAUAGAUCGUCUGACUGUAAUGGGGCACCUUCAGCCACUUACUAUAACCAGCACUCUUCAAAACAAAGCCACAUUUUAAUCAAGGCCAGAUCCGUGUCCAUCGUUAAAGUGAAACCCGUAUUAUUAAAGGAACAACACAAGGACCUUUGAGUGGACUAAAUAAAUCCGCCUGUAAAUAGCUCUUCCAAGAGUAUAGACUUUGUAUAUAUAUAUAUAUCUAAUCCCUAGCAAAAUAUCCCCAUAAUGUAAUAAAAAAUAAUCUGUUCUAGCCUAAGGCUUUAAUUCAAUAUAAACCGGGGCUUUAAA